AUGAAAUCCGUCUUUUUUCAGAUAAAACUUGGUUCUCGGCAAGAAACACGAGAUGGUGUCAAUCGGACAGCGCUGCGGGAAAUUAAGCUUCUUCAGGAGCUCCAUCAUGACAAUAUCAUCGGCCUUCUGGAUGUAUUUGGACACAAAACAAAUAUCCAGCUCGUAUUCGAUUUCAUGGAAACGGAUUUGGAGCAUCUGGUCAAGGAUACGGCGAUAAUUUUGAUGCCCGAACAUAUCAAAAAUAUGGUACUUCAGAUGCUCCUAGGCCUGGAAUAUCUUCAUUUACAUUGGGUGUUGCAUCGUGAUCUGAAGCCAAAUAAUUUGUUGAUCAAUACACAUGGACGCAUCAAAAUUGCCGAUUUCGGCUUGGCACGAUUUUUUGGCUCGCCUAAUCGAAAUUACACGCAUCAGGUGGUAACAAGGUGGUAUCGCGCGCCUGAAUUGAUAUAUGGAGCACGUUCCUACGGUGUCGGUGUUGACAUCUGGGCUGUUGGUUGCAUUAUAGCCGAACUACUACUACGGGUGCCAAUAUUUCGUGGUGAAACUGACAUUGACCAGCUUCUCAAAAUAUACAGUGUGCUGGGAACACCAACCGAUGAAGAUUGGCCGGUUUGUUCGUAUAAUAAUAAUAAU